AUGAGCAUGGUCUCGCAUGUCGAAAUAUGUGAAGGCCUUACAGAAGAUGGCCAGCCGACUCGAGUGAUAAAAAUCAUUGAAAUCUUUGUGAAGCAAUCCACAGAACCCACGCAAUCCACUGUUCAGCGCUCACCCUUCAAGGCAACCGGCCCGAAUCACUUCGACUGCCUGCCUGAUGAGUUGCUCGAACGCAUCAUGAACUUUGCUGGGAUGACAAACGGCACCUCGGCCGCAAUCAACAUGGACCCUUACGAGGCGGGCUGGAAGGACGAAGAGGAAGUGAUUCAGGAUGCGGUCGGCUUUAGGUCUUCGAUGGGAACGCUUCGUCAGGUCUGCUGGCGGUUUUUCCGUCUGGCAACACCACUGUUCUUGAAACGCCUGGUGAUCUGUGACGCGAACUGGGGCCAUCGUCCGUUGGACCUGAUCCUGAGACUCAGCAAACUCUUGGGUGCCACCCCGGCCCACGCAUCUGUCACCGGGAAAGAACAGCCGGCGAUCCGGCAGCAUCUAGGGUCUCAAGUACCCUACGGCCACCAUGUCCGACAGCUAAUUUUUUCCAAUCGAACAAUCCCGCCGAGAUUGGUGUGCCAGUUACUCGAAACGAUCCAUUCCUUGCUUCCCAAUCUCACCGCACUCGGAGGUCUCAGUCUGAGCCACAUGCCGAGGUUACUGAGUCCGGCUAUCCGCUUUCCUCGGCUGGUCUCGAUCACCGGAAUCGACUUGGCGGCGUCCUCAGAGCUCUGGACAGCAGGGCAGGACUACCCGGCAGAUUCUGUGGAGACGCCGACGCUCAUGGCCGGCCCGAACCAGUUCAUCUCCCAGGAAGUCUUCCUCGGAAUCUUGAACCAUCAUCCGCACAUCUCCUACCUCUCUUGUCGCGGAUUGCAGAUCGAUGAGGCCGGCGCAAACCGGCUCUCAGCCCUCUUACGCGCUAACCAACUCGCGAUCGCAUUGUUGCCAUCACCUCUACGCACCGGACAAUUCAUAGGACUCAAGAUGUUACACAUCGGGCUUAAUUCUGUAAUCGACCUCCAGCUCGUUAGACUAUUACCUCAUGUAGCACCCCAUUUACAACAGUUGCACAUCGAUGCGGGGUGCAAACUGGAAGAUAAAUCGACAGACAGCUCUCGAGCCUGGUCGAUGACCGAACUCCUUGGGAUGCUUCCUCGACUAACUCAUCUGACCUUUAUUGCUCAACGCAAUCUGCCCAGUCGACAUGGGUCGCUAGGGUGGGCAUCGUCAAAUGAGGUCCUCAGAUUUUCCCCUUGUGUCCAAUCACUAAAUCUUCGAAUGGAUUCGUUCACAACAGCCAAUUUUUUUGACAGCCUUAAUGACGACUCGAUGACUCUUCGCCAACUAAACGUCUGGCAUCGACCGACGCUAAAUCUGAACCCGGCUUCGGAGAGCUGGUCGAUCAUUUCGUUUGACUCUCCGCAGAAACUUCUCAAAUUGGGUCACGCUGUCCGCACGAUGAAGAAGGCCGGGCUCGAAUGGCCAACGAACGAGAAUCAGCAGAGGGAUCUCUGGUUGAAGCUCAAGGCGUUGACAAAUCUAGACUUGCUCGAAGAGCACAGGGUUGAUAGCUCUUAUGAUGACCUCUGA